ACAGUAGUUGAGUGGAAAGUGGUGGAAAGCUGUAGACGUGAAAUGGCGGCGCCGCGUUACGUUCAUGAAACACUGUUUUUGAACGAUAAUUUACGAAAUAUCUUAAAUAGUGUAUAAAAAUCGAGUAGAUAAAUCAGUUUCAACAUGUCUGCUCAAGAGCUUUCUACAGUUAUUCAACCAUCAGCGACCGAGGGAGAAGAGAAUAAUGCACCCUCGUCCCAGCCGAUUGUGGGCAUUAUUUACCCUCCACCGGAGGUUAGAAAUAUUGUCGACAAAACCGCCAGUUUCGUGGCUAGAAAUGGACCAGAAUUUGAAUCAAGGAUCAGACAGAAUGAACUUGGAAAUCCAAAGUUUAAUUUCUUAAACUUUGGUGAUCCAUACCAUGCGUAUUAUCAGCACAAAGUAAAAGAAUUUAAAGAAGGGAAAGGUCAAGAACCAUCCGUAGGAGCAGGACUGGGAAAAACAGUUAAUCUUAUAGCUCAUCAAAAGCAACAAGAAAUUUUGAAACAAGUAGAGCAACUAUUUAUUCCGAAAGAUCCACCUGCUGAGUUUGAGUUCAUUGCAGACCCACCUUCCAUUUCAGCUUUGGACCUGGACAUUGUAAAGCUGACAGCACAAUUUGUGGCACGUAAUGGUCGUCAAUUCCUAACAAAUUUGAUGAAUAGAGAACAGCGUAACUUUCAGUUUGAUUUCUUACGCCCUCAGCAUUCCUUGUUUCAGUAUUUCACAAAACUCUUGGAACAGUAUACAAAGGUAUUAAUUCCGCCUAAGGACCUGUUGCCGCGUCUUCGCGAUGAAGCAGCCAAUAUGGAUAAAAUUUUGGAGCAAGUUAAAUAUCGCGCAGAGUGGUUAAAGUAUCAAGAAGCUCAAAGACGUAAAGAAGAAGAAGAAUUGGAACGUGAAAGGGUUGCUUACGCGCAAAUUGACUGGCAUGAUUUCGUCGUUGUAGAGACCGUGGAUUAUCAGCAAUUCGAAGUUGGUAAUUUCCCCGCGCCUACAACUCCUGACGAAGUCGGCGCUCGGGUGCUCAUGCAGGAAAGGAUAGAAGAAGGUGAAGAUGUCGAAAUGCAAAUCGACAGCGACGGAGAGGAUGACAUGCAGAAUCGUACAGAAGGCGAGAAGGAUCGCGCAAAGGACAAUAAUCAAGUGCAAGAUAUGGAGGAAGAUUCGAGCGACGAGGAUGACGUGUCACCUCCGGGUGACACGCAUAAGAAAGAUUCAAAGCCGCGCGAUAGCAAUAGCAUGCAGCCUCCGCCAUUACCACCUACUCCAGGAAAUGUCGUAGUGAAGAAAGGCUACGAUCCUAAGCAACAUGGAAACAAAACUGUACGUCCUGUUGCUCCUGACGAAUACUUGAUAUCUCCGAUCACGGGAGAGCGUAUACCCGCUAGUAAAGUUCAAGAACACAUGCGAAUUGGGUUGUUGGAUCCACGUUGGGUGGAACAAAGGGAUAAGCAUCUCGAUAAGUUAGCGCAAGAGACAGUAUUUGCACCUGGUACAGCGAUCGAGGCUAGUUUGAAACAACUAGCUGAAAGACGUACCGAUAUCUUCGGUGUCGGCGACGAGGAAACCGCUAUCGGUAAGAAGAUCGGAGAAGAGGACAAGAAGAAGGACGACAAGGUUACCUGGGACGGACACACAUCGAGCGUCGAAGCGGCGACCAGGGCUGCUAGAGCGAAUAUUACUCUGGAGGAACAGAUUCAUCAGAUACAUAAAGUUAAGGGACUUCUUCCGGAUGAAGAGAAAGAAAAGAUUGGACCGAAACCUGCCAAUCGCGCGGCAGAAUUGUCACACAUGGCUGCAGCCGCUUCGAAACCUCAAGCGACGUUGAAAGCACCACCUAAGCCGCCAGCUCCGAAACCAGUGCCGGUUCCAACGCAACCACCACCACCGCCAACUAUGAGUAUGCCCGCUAUGGGUAUUCCUCAGCCAAUGAUGCCACAACCACCAAUGAUGAUGAUGGCUCCUAUGCCUCCUAUUCGACCACCGCCGCUUAUGACGCCAGCAAUGUCACCGUUUAUGCCAACUCCGCCACCUAUGCAACCACCUAUGGCAUCUGUAAGUAGUUACAAUAUGGGAUUAAAGCAUCCAUCUGAACCUAUGGAAGAGGAACCUCAGACUAAGAAGUUACGAACAGAAGAUUCAUUAGUACCUGAACAACAGUUCUUGGCUAGGAAUAAGGGUCCUGUUCAAUUGAAUAUUGCCGUGCCAAUGAUGACAGAGAAAGCGGAAUGGAAGUUGAACGGACAGACAUUAAAUAUCACCUUGCAAGUGAGCGACUCUGUAGCGACCAUGAAGGCUCUCAUACAUGAACAAACUGGCAUGCCGCCUGGUAAACAGAAGUUACAGUACGAGGGAAUGUUUUUUAAAGACAGCAAUUCUCUGGCAUAUUAUAAUUUGACAUCUGGUAACGUAAUCAACCUCCUACCAAAGGAAAGAGGCGGCCGGAAGAAGUAAAGAUUAUGUUAAUAUGCCUUAUAUACUGCGGAAUUUAAGAGAUAAUUAUUAAUCAAUGCAACAAUCAAUUGAAAUAAAUAAAAGGUACCUU